GAAAAAGAAAGCGAGUAUUUGAGAAGAGAUGGUCAAGUACUCGGAAGAAGAAAAGGAGGAAGGUGAGGGCAUCCGACAUGGCGAAAAAAGAGGGUGGGGGGGGGCAGACAAAGCACUAUCUUUUUAGCAAUGUGGAGGAAUAUAACAGCAUGAAAGAUCUUGAAGACCAGAAAAUUUGUGGCUCUCGAUGGUUUGCCUCUUGCCUAUGUGGCAUUCGCCAUCUUUGUUUAAACCCACCCCAACACCCAUGGCCUCCUUCUCCCCUCGAUUAAAACCAGCAACAGAAUCCUGAGAGACUGUCACUGAGGCAAACAAGCUAGGGAGAGAAUCAUUGGUUAAAGUAGACAAGCUGCCGUGUUUAGAAUAUGUCUAAACUCAACGACUUUUCUGCUAUAAAGCUGUUUGGCAAGACGAUUCCAUUGUCAACAUUGAACCAGGACGAGGCUUUGGCUGAUCAGGAGAUACCCUUUAGAGGAGCUACUAGGAGAACCGCGGCGAUGGAAAUCUUGUUUCUUCAUCCAGUUAAGGUUGAUUGCUUGGACACAACUGAGCAAACACAAUUUAUGUUUAUUGAACUUCAAGAAUCUACAGAGAAAGAACUCCCCAAGGAUAAACAGAAAGACAGCACAUCAGAUCAGAUCAGAGAUGAUUUAAAAGAUCCUACUGCAUUGUCGGGCAAUGAUAGGAGUCCUUUAGCUGAAAGAAACACUUCAUCGCUUAAAAGCUCUAAGAACGAAGGAACAAGUGAGACAACUUCCUCGCAGGAAAAGACUUUGAAGAAGCCUGAUAAGAUACUUCCAUGUCCCCGAUGUAAUAGCAAGGAAACCAAGUUUUGCUAUUAUAACAAUUACAAUGUGAACCAACCCCGUCAUUUCUGCAAAAACUGUCAGAGGUACUGGACUGCUGGAGGAACCAUGAGGAACGUGCCUGUUGGUGCGGGCCGCCGCAAAACCAAGAGCUCUUCUGCUCUGCAUUACCAUCAGAUCAUGAUUUCCGAAGCUAUCCGAGCAGCUAAAGCAAGUGCUGCAAAUGGAAUGCACCGAAACCCCUCUUGUGAAAACAAUAAUGGCCAUGUCCUCACAUUUGGCUCAGAUUCUUCUGUACCUGUAGCUUCAGUAUUCAAUCUUUCAGGAAAAACACAGAUUAAUGUUCAGAAUGGGUUUCGCAAAACUGAGCAAAGGUAUCUUGUUGAGGAUAAUCACUCGGGUGAAUCUUUGAUUACUGCUUCUUAUUCCUUAGAGAAGGAAGGCAACGCUAGUUUAAAUCAAGCAGAGGUUAAGAAUCGUCACUGGUUUACUUCUACAGCACCCUGUUUCUCAAGGCCUUCUUGGCCUUAUUCAUGGGACUCAAUCCCUGCAAUGCUUCCACCACCACCGGCUCUCUGCCCUCCAAGUUUUCCAGUAUCCGUCCAUCGGGCACCACUGACAUAUAGCGGUUGUAGUGUACCAAGCCCUUGGGAUGUUCCAGUUGCCUCCCCAUCACCUUCUUCUGUUAACCAAUGCGCUCCAAGCUCUAGCCCAACUUCUCCAACUCUGGGGAAACAUUCCAGGGAUGAGAACUUUCUCAGUCCAGCCAACUUGGAGAAAGAAAAGCCCUCAGGAGAGGGUGAUAAGUCGGAAGGAAGAGCUUUGAUUUCAAAAACUUUGAGGAUAGAUGAUCCUGGUGAGACUGCAAAAAGCUCUAUGCUGGCAACAAUUGUGAUUAAAGGCAAGAAGACCAAUUCUAUCAAUCCAGGAGGUCUAUUUGAUGGCUUUCAAUCAAAAAGCAGGGAUGAAAAAAAUUACAGACUAGAAACAUUCUCAGUGUUGCGAGCCAACCCUGCAGCCUUGUCUCGGUCACUCAAGUUCCAUGAGAAUACAUGAAAGAGAGAUGAUGCCAGUAGCAUACUCUAUAUGCUAUGUCAGCAAUGGAUCCAGUGAGCGCACAUCAUGCAACCACUUUGCAGUUGACAGAUUUUUUUCCACCUUCAACCAUAUAUAAGGUUAUCUUGCUAGCCAACCUCGGUGAAGCAAUCCAAUGUAGUGGAAGAGUAUGACAAGUUAAUUAUAACAAAAAAAAAAGAAGGGUUAACAUUCAAGUUAUCUACUUCUACCUAAGCUAUCCCUGACUAGCUCAUUUAGCUACCUUUUGUAUCUGCUAUGACAAUGUAGCUUUACCACAAAUGGUCAGGCAGGUUCCCAUGUAGAAAAUUUCAUGAGGGACUAUGAUAUAUAUAGCUUGAAAGCUCUGAGAGAUACUUGGAUGGUGCAACUUUCAGAGAUGUCCUGAAAUGAAGUUGUAAAUUAAUCAUAAUCUGUAACUAAUUUUCAUCACUUUUCACUCUUGUACAGUUGUACUUUACCAGCAAUAUUCAGUUUUCCGACCAUGUACUCAUCUAUCUUUUUGCUGCUGCAAUAAAUAUCUUACUUGUCCU